AUGGCUGGCCGUGCGCUGUUGGUGUGCGCCCUCUGCGCGCUGUGCUGCGCUGCCGCCGGCGCGAUGGCGGUGGAGGGACAUGCGCCAAGUGGUGUGACGAGUGGCGGAGGCGGCGCUACGGCUUUGGAGAAGGCGUUUCCGCCGCGUAAUGAGACGAACCACACCGUGGUGCAUUCCCCCUGCCCUUGGGUGGUGGGAGGGGCCAAGGGUGCUGGGACGUGUAAGCAGGUGAACGUAACCGUCCGCACAUUUUUGCCGUCGAAGCCGGGGACCGCAGCGACGUCGGACGCGGGUGUUCAGGGGGCGCAGGAGCGGCCCACGGCAGGCGCCUCCCAGGGCCACGACGGGGGGAGAGUGGCGGCGGCGCAGGGCAACGCUCUCGGCAGGCAGCCGGGCAAGCCGCCGAUGGAGCAGCCG